GUGUGUGCUGACCGUGUUUGCCUGAAGCUUGCCGGGAGCUGCCAAUUGACAGAAAGAGAUCCCCCCUCCCCCCUCCUCCUUCCCGAAGAAGAAGAAAGUGUCAGGGUUCUGUGCGUGAGCGACCCCCAUGACACCAAUGCGAGGCUCCGGCGAUGCUGCCCUCGCCUCUCGCUCUCAGGGGGCCAGACUCCGGACAAGUUCCAGCCAUGGCACACCAGGGAGCGGCGGUGGUCCUGCACGGGGUUCGGCAGUCUGGCAAUUUUUCUCCACAUCCCCAGAAGAUGUGUCUGUGGCCGUAUGCAACUUAUGUGAGCAGAGGCUAAGCCGGGGCCGCCCGGGGACCCAUUUGGGAACUUCGGCACUCAUACAGCACAUGCGACGCCAUCAUACCAUCCUAUGGGAGAUGUGCAGUGGCCAACAACGCCAAGCCCUUCCUCCUCGUCAUCAGUCCAGUUUUCAAUCCAAGACCCAGAGAGCAUCAUCAUCGUCCUCAUCGUUUGCCGCUGCCGCCCACAGCGCCCAGACCUCUCCGGGGCAGGAAGACUCAGCCAUCUGUUGUAGCGAUGAUGAAGAAGGCGACACGGCCGGUACUAAAAGCAAGUUGGACCACAGUGGCUCUUCGGCUAUGCACAGUCAGCCUCACUCCCACCAGCAGCAAGAGCAUAACCCUUCUCCGCCACCUCCCUACAGUCACCAACCAUCCAUUGUGGAGUGUCUGGAACAGAAACACGAUGCCAAUCAUCCGCUGGUACGCCAACUCAAUGCCCACCUGGCCAGGUUGCUGGUGAUGCAGUCGCUGCCGUACCAGCUUGUGGAUUCCAACUCUUUUCAGAAACUCAUGGAGUGCGCUCAACCUCGAUGGAAGAUCCCAAGCAGCCACUACUUCUCUAACAAGGCUAUCCCUGCCCUCUACGCUCAUGUCACCAAGAACGUCGCCCAUUCCCUCGAUUUCUCCCUUUGUAGCUCAGUGCACACCACUGCCGAAAUCUGGAGCAGCAGCCACAGUCAAGAACAGUACUUGGCUUUCACAGCCCAUUGGGUCAACUUAGUAACUAGCAGUGACAACGCAUCAUGUUCACAGGGGCAGGAGGUGGAACUUGUAACACCACCACGAAUGGCCAGGUCAAGCUCUGAGACCAGACGUUUGUCCCUGUCUUCCAUAUCUUCUUCAGAGGACCAAUCCCGAUCUCCAACAGCAAAACAGCCAGCAAGUACUUGUCUUCCUCCUUAUCAUACCUGUAAGAUGAAGCGCUGCCGCGCCAUAUUGCACCUCAUGAGCCUCGGGGACAGAAGUCACACAGCGGGCGAGUUGCUGGCAUGUAUCAACCAACAGAUUGCCCGUUGGUUUUCCCCCCACCUUCUUCAUGUGGGCAAUGUGGUCAGUGACAAUUCCAAGAGCAUAGCUACUGCACUGCGCAUGGGGCAACUAAAAAAUUCCCCCAGCUUCACUCACAUCGUAAACUCAGCGGUGCAUUCCUUUCUCACCAACUAUCCAGGUUUGGAAAAUGUCUUGGGCAUGGCCAGGAGAGUCUGCUCCCAUUUCAGCAGAUCUUACGCGGCAAAAAACGCUCUCUUGGACUUGCAAAGACAGAACGGCCUCCCUUUUCACAAGCUUAUCUGCGACGUCCCCAUGCAAUGGAAUUCCACCCUGCAGAUGCUUGACCGACUCUACGAGCAACGCAAAGCAGUAGAUGACUACAUGAUGCACCGCGGCACCAACGCGGUCAACGUGUGCUUGUUUGAACCCCGCCAAUGGCAGAUGAUCAGGGAUGUGUGUCACCUUCUAAAGCCCUUCGAAGAGGCCACCAGGUUUGUCAGUCGGGAGAACUGCGGCUUGAACGAUGUCAUCCCACUCAUCUUUAUACUGGAGAAGGCCCUGACAUUGAUGCAGCAAGGUAAAGAAGAAGAAGAAGAUGAAGUGAAGGAUCUGACUGGCUGUCGUGUAUCUGUUGGUGUAACGUUUGGGGGGGGCUCUGCACAGGAGGAAAUGGAGGAUGAUGAGGAAGGUCAACAUUUCAUACAUUCGAAGUCUGAAGAGAAGAUUCGCCCUUCAAUUCCUUUGAAAGAGGGUGAAGAGGAGGCAAUGUCAUUGCCAGUUGGGGAUGAGGCUGACCACCUGUCUAGCAGGUGUGCCAGUAGUGACCAUGACGAUAACCACAACGAGGAAUUUCAGUGGGGGGUGGGGAAUGACUCUACUAUGGGCUCAGAGACACUGGCAGGUAUGGCCAGCUACAUGCUGACUUGUUUGCAGAGUGACAUGCAUAUUACGGAUAUUAAGCUGAGGGAUGACUAUUGGGUGGCCACACUUCUGGACCCGCGCUAUAAGAGCAAGAUGGGGAAAUUUUUUGAAGCUUCUGAAAGGGAAACAAAACUCCGGCAUUACCAGUCUACACUCUGCAGCCUGCUUGCAGCCGCUUUUACUGAGCAGACACCGAUAAGCCCCCCACCUGAGGAUGAGGCGCCUCUCCGCUCCCCGCUGCCCCAUCAAUCCAACACCUUCACCAAAACCAGCAGCACCAGCAGCAUCCACUACAGUUUAUUUGACAUGAUGGAGAAUUUUUUCCAGCCACCGCCCUACACUGAGCCAUCCAACCAAAGAUAUAAGCAACAUUUCGAAAAGAUGGUGACCUCCUACCUGGACUGUUCCCUGGUCCCAGACAACCUGAGCUACGACCCCAUGAACUACUGGGUGUGCAAACUGGACCAGUGGCCCGAGCUGGCUCAGUUUGCCAUCCAGCUGCUCACCUGUCCACCCUCGAGUGUCCUUUCAGAAAGAGUAUUCCGCGAGGUAGGUGGCGUCAUCCACCCCAAAUGUACAAAGCUGUCUGCUGCAAGAGUGGAGAGACUGACCUUUAUCAAAAUGAAUGAAAGCUGGAUAAGUGACAACUUUCUGCCCCCCCCGCCCGAUACUACCGAAUAGAUCCAUCGCUUAUAGCUGGAACCCAUCCACUGCCCAAUGCCUGCCUGCUGCAGCCACCAGAGACUGGAACCAAUCCACUGCCCAAUGCCUGCCUGCUGCAGCCACAGAGACUGGAACCAAUCCACUGCCUGCCAGCUGCAGCCACCAAAGACUGGAAGCCAUCCACUGUCCAAUGCCUGCCAGCUGCAGCCACCAAAAACUGGAACCUAUCCACUCCUAAUGCCUGCUGCUGCAGCCACAGAGACUGGAACCUAUCCACUGCCCAAUGCCUGCCGGAUGCAGCCACAGAGACUGGAACCUAUCCACUGCCCAAUGCCUGCUUGCCGCAGCCACCAGAGACUGGAACCCAUCCACUGCCCAAUGCCUGCUUGCCGCAGCCACCAGAGACUGGAACCUAUCCACUGCCUGCCUGCCGCAGCCACCAGAGACUGGAACCUAUCCACUGCCCAAUGCCUGCCCGCUGCAGCCACCAAAGACUGGAACCUAUCCACUGCCCAAUGCCUGCCCGCUGCAGCCACCAAAGACUGGAACCUAUUCCCUGCCCAAUACCUGCCCGCCGCAGCCACCAGAGACUGGAACUAAUCCACUGCCCAAUGCCUCAUGGCUGCAGCCACAGAGACUGGAACCUAUCCACUGCCCAAUGCCUGCCCACUGCAGCCACCAAAGACUGGAACCUAUUCCCUGCCCAAUGCCUGCCCGCCGCAGCCACCAGAGACUGGAACCAAUCCACUGCCCAAUGCCUGCCGGCUGCAGUCACAGAGACUGGAAUCUAUCCACUGCCCAAUGCCUGCUUGUCGCAGACACCAGAGACUGGAACCUAUCCACUGCCUGCUUGCCGCAGACACCAGAGACUGGAACCUAUC